AUGGCUGACGAGACGGGGUCCUCGUCAGCAGCUCCUCCUUCCCCCCCUCCUCAAGAGGAGCUCUCUGUCAACAUUUCCAUCGUCUCGCCCUCUCCAAGCGUAGACGAGGCCCUCAGAUUCCCCGGUCUUCCGGCCUCAACGACCGUUGCAGAGCUCAAGGAGAAGAUCCGAGAUGUCUUGGAGUCAAAGCCGACAAACGAGCAGCAGCGUUUGAUACACCAGGGGAAACUGCUGGCUAGGGAGCAAGACACCCUUCUUCAAAUGCUGGGCGAGCAGCGUCCGCACCCACAUCAGCAGCAACAGAGGAUUCAGCACUACAUGAACCAGGUGCAGCAACGGAUGGGUAUGACUCCUCCAGAUCAGGCGAGAGGCGGCCAGGCGGCCAGCAUCCCGCCUCCUCAAGGAGGCGCUGCUGUCACUCCGAACGGUGACGUUUACCGCAUCACGACGCAGACCUCGGCACUCUGGGGUCCCGAUGGCCAGCUCCAGGGUAUCGCUCGACCAAGUUCACAGCCGGCCAACGCGGGCGCGUCAGGCCCAGACCUUCCCCUCACAUCAACUGACGUGGGAAACAUCUUCAGAGCUGCUGAUGCUACCCAGGCGACGGCGAGGAUGACCGAUGCCAUGCAAAGAAGUGCACAUGGUGCCGCGAUGGCACACCUGAACCAGCUGCACCUGAAUGGCCAACUACCGCCCAUUCAGACACCAGGCGUCACUGUGCCCUGGAGACCCGCCUCUGCGGCCCCGGCCCCCAACAGCAGGACAGCGACACCUGAGACCACGAGAACGCAGAGCCACGACAGCUUGUCGGCACAAUCAAACAGACUGCCGACUCCGAGCCUGCCCGAGGUUUACAUCGUCAACUCCCCCCAGGGACCACGGGCACUUCUCAUGAACACUUCUGCAGAGCUGUACUACACACCUUCUCCACGUACCUAUCAUGUUCCCACCAUCACGACGGCCAUGUUUCCUCCGACGUGGUUCUCGCCGCUGCCACGCGUCGCCUCGGGACCCCAACAGGCCCAAGCUCCUACCCAGUCCCAUCCUGGUGGUUCGGCACCAGCCCAGCAGCAGGCUGCUGCCCAGCAGGCACCGCAACAAGGCAACAUACGCGUCAAUACCUACCAAGGACCUGCCGCCGCACAGCAACCAGCAGGCCAGCCACAGAUACGAGUCCAGCCGCUAGCCCCAGGUGCUGCACACAUGCACCCGGCCAAUCCCGAAGGUAAUCUGGCUGCGGCCUUGCUUGCCGCGCUGUGGCCUCACGUCUGGCUGCUGAUCAGGCUGGCGGUGUUUGUGUGGUGGUUCACAUCAGCAAACACCAGCUGGACGCGCUGGUUUAUCAUCAUGUCCCUAGCGACAGCCGUGUUUCUCGUCAAUACGGGACUCUUCAACGGGUUGGCAAAUGAGCUGUUCCAGCCUGUACGGCAGCAUCUCGAGGGUUUGAUCCCAUUUGCGGGUCCCGAGAGGAGGAGGAACAACGCACCGCCGGCUCAUGAGGGCGGCGAAAACAACAACAGAAACAAUCCCAACCCACAGGCUGGACAGCAUCAGGGUGAGCCAGACCCCGCGCAGGCUGCUGCUCGAUUGGUGGAGCAGCGAAGGGAACAGAACGCGAACUGGCUGCUUGACCAGAUACGCCGGAUCGAGAGAGCCAGCCUUCUACUUCUGGCCAGCAUCCUACCAGGAGUUGCUGAGCGGCACAUUGCGCGGCUCGAGGCUGAGGCACGCGCGGAGCGGGAGCGGCAGGAGGCAGCUGAGCGAGCUGAACAGGAACGCCGCGAAGAGGAGGAGCGUACGGCUGCUGAAGCGGCUUCUGCUUCGGCGGCCACGGGCCAGGAGGAAGAGAGCGCUGCUGGAGAUGCGGAUGGAGCUCAGCAGGACGGCAAUGUCCCACCGAGCGGGACUAGUGGAGAACAGCAGCAGCAGCCUGAGCCUGUUGCCGCGUCUUGA